UGCAAUUGCAGUACAUCCAACACAGUUUUCAGUGUUUAUUGCCAGCUGUUAAUUCGUCACAAAUAAUCAGGUAUAUUUGUGUUUUUGUGUUCAAACAAAAUGGAUAUUUCUAAAGUAACAAACGAGAAAAAAUUGCAGCUUUGCCGAACUUAUUUCUUUGGUGGCUUAGCUUGUCUGCCCUUCUUAUGGACAAUCAAUGUCUUUUGGUUUUUUGAUGCUGCCUUUCUGCUACCACAAUUUCCAGAACAGAAAAGUAUAAAGAAAUUUGUGAUCUUGUCGCUGAUAGGUGCGCUGAUUUGGUUAGUCGUACUUAUAACCUGGAUAAUCAUAUUCCAAGCAAAGCGCGUCGAAUGGGGGGAAAUGGCGGAUAGAAUGAGUCUGGUUAUACCACUGGGUGUUGCUUAAAUAAUAUGCCGUAAAUUUCAGUUUAGUACUUUACCAUUAAAAGUGCAAACCAAUUGACUUAUUAUUAUACUUAUAAUAUUUUUACAAUUAAACAAACACUAAUAUAGUUCAAUAACAAUUUAGUUUUG